AAAAAAUAUAUAUAAAAAAAUAUCACUCUAAUUUAACAAUGAUCCUAAAAGUAUUGUGAAAAACAAAUAAUCUUUUAAUUAUCAAAUGACUAGUUAAUUAAAAUACAUAAAACGAAAUAAAAAUUUCUUGACAAUGGCUGAAGAGACCGAUAGAAAACAACUAAAACUUCUAACAGCAAGUGAACUUUUAAAAACUCGAGGUAUCCAAGCAGAAGCCAGUCAUGACUUUGACAGAUCAUCAUAUGUUAUUCCAAAGUCUGGUUAUAAAUUAAGCAACCCGUCUGGAUCAUUGUUGGAAAAUCAACAAAUUGAUACUAAUUUAAAUAGUAGAAAAAAUUUAAUAAAAUGUGAAAGGGUUACACGUUUAUCACAAUUAGCAUGUGCUGAUUGGUUGCAGUAUGAAAGAAAAGCUAAAAUAACAAAAAUAACAGGUUGUUGUCAAAAUUAUGGUACAACAGUUAAUGGAACAAUAUAUUUAUUACCAGAAGAAGCACUACUACUUUUAGAAACAAAUCAAUUGGAAUUAAAAUGGAAUAAAUUACCAUUGUCAAUUCAACAAGCAUAUGAAGUUAUUCUUGAUUCAUCAAAAACAGGUUGUUCAUUAGACAAGUACAGAGUAUUUAGUCAUUUAACAAGAAUUGGAUAUCAUUUACAACGUUUUAAUUAUGAUUAUAAUUUAUUAAAUGACAAACAUGAUGAUCAACAUAAAAAAAAAGUUAUUGUUAAUCCAGAAAAUGGUAAUUGGAUUAGUAAAAAUGAUAAAACAAUAAUUGAUAAUUCAUUAUUAAAUAUUGACAAAGUAAUUAUUGAUGUUGUUGAUGAUAUUAUAAGUAACAUUGAAAAAAAUGAAGAUGAUAAAGUUAUUAAAAGCAAAAAAAAAGUUGAAAUUAUUUGUGAAGAAAAAUUAUCACAACCAAUAGAAUUUGUUAAAUCAUCAACUGUUAUUGAUAGUGAUAUUAAUAAUACACCAAAAUGGACAAGUGCAAGAAUAAAAAGAAAUAUAAAAUUAUUACCAAAAACAAUUGACAAUAAAAGUAAUGAAUUAACUGACAAACGUAAAACAAAUGAUCCAUUAGAAAUAUCAAAUUCUAAAAAAUCAAAACAUGAAGUUAUUGAUUUAUCAGAUGAUGAAAUUCAAGAAAUUCCACGUAAAUUGACAAGAAUAGAAAUGCUUAAUUUUCUACCAAAUUUUUCAUCAGAUGAUUCAAAGAUAGAAAAAAUACCACCACGUAUCUAUAUACCAUCUGGUAUUGAGCCUCAAAAAACAAUUUAUGAUGCUUUAAAUUUUAAAAAAUUAAAAAACAGCAAACGGGAACAUUCAUCUUCAUCAAUGAAUAAUAACGCCAAUAAUAAUAAUACAACUGGUACACCAGUUUGUCAAAGAGAUCCAAAUGUUAAUAACUUUAAUGAUAGUUCAAGAAAUCAAUAUAGAAACAAUCAUUUUCCAAGUGGAUACAAUAAUUAUUAUAAUAGCGGGGUUAAUAAUGCACAGCUGAUGAAUAUUAAUUAUCAACAAUAUCGUAUGCAACAAAAUUUUUCAAUAGCUCCACGUUUUAAUUAUCUGGCCAAUAGAUGGUCAUCACAUUAUCAUAUGAAUAUUGUUAGAACAUCAAUGACAAUGGGAGUUACAAUGAUGGGAGGUCCAAUGAAUUUUCAUAACAACAUGUUGAAUAAUGCACAACAAAUGUAUAGACCACCAAGAGGAACAUGUGAUUUUGGUUUAACAAUUCCUAGACAAAUGCCAAGUACAUCAAGGUCAACGUCAUUGCCUACACCAUCAUCUUCAUAUCGAAAUCAUCAUAAACAAACAAAUAAAGAAAUUGCUAAAUCUGAUCAAUCAAAUAUUAAACAAUCGGCUUUUGCUAAUAUACCAGCAAAAUCUUGGUCAGAACUUAAAGAAAAAAUGACAGAAUCAAAAACAAUAACAAUUGAUGAUGAUGAUGAAGAUAACGAUGAUGACGAUGAUAAAAUGGAUUGUAGUGAUAUUGAAGUUGUUGGACAAAAUAUUGGACCAUUAAUAAAUGUUAAUAAUUGUAAAAAUUUUGCUGAUGUUUAUGAUAAAUUACAAAUUAUCAAAUCAGCACAUGAAAAAACUGUUAGAAGAAAAAAAUGUGAUUAUGAAAUUUCAUAUAAAGUUUAUGGAUAUUCACAAGUAUUUAGAAAAAGUGAUCCUGGAGUACCUAUUUUUCAUCUUGUUAUUACAAGGGAUAAAAAUAAAUUUUUACAGCCAGUUGAAUUGAAUCGUAUUCAGAGAGAAGACAAAAAUAUUCCUGUACUUAUUGCUGUUGUUUCUUCAUAUGCAAUAACAUAUAUUCAAAUUGGAGUUAUACAAUUACCAAGCCAAAUUAUUGAAUAAUAAUUUAUAACAAUAGAUAUUAUCAUCUGAAUAUCUAAUUUUUUUAUUAUUUUUUUUUAGUUAAACAAAGGCAGACAUAAAAUUGUGAACACCAUAAUAUUAUAAAUUUUAAGAGCUGAAUAAAUUUAUUUUUCAACG